AUGAAAAAUAAACUUGCAGCCUAUCAGUUCUGUGAAGGCUGCUGUGGUAAGGAGGAUGCGAUAAGAGGCCAGUCAUCGCUGUGGGACAGGGAAGCCAAAGAAUGCCAAAGAGGACUUGAUCCUCCUGCUGCUGUUAGAGAAGAAUGCAUGGAUUAUGCAGUUACUUUAGCGAGGAAAGCUGGGGAAAUAAUCCGUGGAGCGCUCAAAGAAGAAAUAGCUGUUAUGACUAAAAGUUCACCUGUAGAUCUAGUGACAGAAACGGAUCAAAAAGUAGAACGCUUCAUUAUUUCUUUGAUAAAAGAAAAGUAUCCUUCUCACAGUUUCAUUGGAGAAGAAUCUGUUGCAGCUGGAGAAGGCAGCGUUCUGACAGCUAAUCCCACCUGGAUUAUAGACCCUAUUGAUGGAACUACCAACUUCGUACACAGGUUUCCAUUUGUGGCAGUUUCAAUUGGCUUUGUUGUAAACAAAGAGAUAGAAUUUGGAAUUGUGUACAGUUGUGUAGAAGACAAGAUGUACACUGCCAGGAAAGGAAAAGGUGCAUUUUGCAAUGGUCAGAAACUUAAAGUGUCAGGCCAAGAAGACAUUACAAAAUCCCUUUUAGUAACAGAAUUGGGAUCAAAUCGUGAUCCAGAGACUAUUAAAAUAAUUCUUUCUAACAUGGAAAGACUUCUCAGUAUUCCUAUUCAUGGGAUUAGAGCUGUUGGUACUGCAGCUGUGAACAUGUGCCUUGUGGCAACAGGUGGAGCUGAUGCCUAUUAUGAAAUGGGAAUUCAUUGCUGGGAUAUGGCAGGGGCUGGAAUCAUCAUCACUGAAGCAGGCGGAGUGCUGAUAGAUGUAUCAGGUGGACCGUUUGAUUUGAUGUCUCGAAGAAUAAUUGCUGCAAGCAGUCGAGCUGUAGGAGAGAGAAUAGCCAAAGCACUUCAGAUAAUUCCUCUGAAACGGGAUGAUGCAACAAAUUGAAUACCAAAGCUACACCUUAAAUAUAUUGAUACAAUGGCUGUCUCUUGCUCUCAUAUACUUGUUGUUCUAUACCGUGAACCUGAUAAAACAAUAGAUAAAUAGAGAGUAGUCUUACCCUACUGAUAAUUUAAGGUGCUACUGCAAAGUAGUGUUUUGAGAUUGGACCAAGAUGGUGGUGUUAUGGAAUAAUUCUAAGUAAAUUUUUACUGUUAAGUAUUUGGUUUCGUAUCAUAAUUACAUAAAGAUCUGUAAAAGGAAACAUAUAAGCAACUAAUAUUCUUAAGUUUUAAAUUACACUGGAAGGCAUAGCAAGAGACAUUUUUUAUCGAAAAAAUGUGUAGUUCCUUAAGUGACAAAACAAAAUAACAGCAUUUACUAUCUUAACUACAGAACACCACAUCUGAUCCUGAAUCCAAAAAUAUCGAGGCAUUAUUGUUUGUCCAGUCUCUCCCUUUUUCUCUUGUCUAUUGGUUCUUUCAGUGUCAUCAGCCUAUCCGUUUCUUCAGCUUGUUUCUUUUUUUGUAUGUAGAUCACACACAUCCAAACUUCAUUCAGUUGCUUUUACUAUGAGCUCUAAUUUAGAGCCGUUGUUACCCAGUAGUGUUACUUACUAGCCUUUGUCUUUCCAAGCAUUGUUGCACCUUACUUUUGGUAGAUAAACACAAUCUAUUCUUCGGUCUCUUAUGUGCCCACUGCAUUUGCAAAUUGAUUACAGUAGCAAAGUAACAAAUCAUUGUGCUUAAAAAAAGAUGCUUGUCUCAGGAAUAAGUUCUGAGCAUACUGCCUAUCAACAAAUGGGUUUACAUGAAAUUAAAAUGAAGUAUGAUUGGAAUUUGUGCAUUGUAAUCAGCUGAUAUUAAGUACUUUAUCUUAUACUUGUCAGGUAUAAUUUCCAUUAAUCUUGUUUGGGUAUCUCGAUGGAGGAGAGUAUCUCUAAGUUUAAGAAAUCCUUCAAAUCCAAGAGUUUUCAGUAAAUCAACUGAGGAAAAAAUAGUCCAGAUUUUUAAUGUUUUUUUUUUUUUUGGUUUUGUCGAUGAUCGAACAAGAUCAAAUUUCCGUUGUGUUGCAUUCUCUACAGGCACAUAAGAAGAUGUAAACCUAAACCUAACGAGAGAAAUAUAAGUAGUGUUAGUAAUGUAAUUCUUGGUAUUAAUUGUUCUAAAUGCACAAAACUAUACUGUGGGUGGUUCUUUGCAUUUCUAUAUUCAAGCUUUUUAAAAGUAUCAGUGUACUGUUCACAUAAGUAGUGCACUUUAAAAAAAUUAUUUAACUUAAUCAAUUUUUGCACGAUUUUCUGUGUCUAAAGUUUCCAAAAGAAAGUUGUUUAGUUUUGAUGGUCCAGUCAAGACAUGGCAAUGCUUCGGCUUUAUGUACUGCUAUUUCAGUAUUUGUUUUUAUUUUGGAAAAUGAUGCCCUCUGUCUUGAAAUUCCAACAGAUCUCUUCUUAUAAAUUUGAGUCUUCUAUAUCAGUUAAUUUUUUGCAGGUUUUGCAGAAAUGCUUCAUUUGAAAUUGUAUCUAAUAUCAGAUGAUUAACACUACUGAGAUCAGCAACUGCCUGCUCUUCAGAGGUCUUACCAGAAAACCAGACUUACCUUAAUCUUAAUUUCAGCUUUACUUUUAAGUUUCCCAUAGGCAAGAAUAGGAACUAAUUGAGCAUUGCGCUGUGAUUUUAUUGUUAUAAUUGAUGUGGGAUCAUCAUUGUUUCAUAGUUAAUAAUUCAUUAAUUUUAAUGUCUGCUGUACCAUUUCCACGGCCCUUGUAUUUUAUACAAGAUAUGCAGAAUUUUUUAUGUUAAACUGACUUAUUUUGUGAAAUGGAGACGUGCCUGAAAAUACUUGAGGUGAGAGUACGCGUUUGGAAUAAAUGUAUGCUUCAGCAGCGGCAGCUCCAGAUGCGCUUCCCUGCUUGUUGUUCGUCAGA